ACUCUGUUUCCUCGAACAGCACUGGAGAGAGAUGGAUUCGAGAGUGCAGACCCCUGGUUUCACUGCUUUGUCGCCGAAGACCCCGGUGUCGGAUUGGUGGGGUACAUGCUCUUUUACUACACAUAUUCCACUUGGGAUGGUCGACAGGCUUACUUAGAAGACUUGUACAUCAAGCCUUCGUAUCGUAAAAGUGGUGUUGCCAGUCGCAUGCUCAAGAGUUUGGCUCAGCAUAAACGCUCCAUAAUUUUAUCCGGGGUCUCGAUCCCUCAGGAGUUGCUGGCCCGCGGCUGCAGCCGCCUCAAUUUCUCCGUUCUCAACUGGAACGAAACUGCCAUCGACUUCUACGUGAAGAGGGGGGCGGUGGACCUGACGCGGGACGAGGCCUGGCACGUGUUUCGCUUCCGGAAACCCAAUUUAGAGGAGCUUGCUUCUAAGGAG